CUUUACUCCACAAAACCACGUGGUAUAUAAUGCCAUCAUGUUCCCGAGACCCACGACCCUCAUAAAGCACCUCAUCACCCCUCAUAUAAGGCUUUUCAGCAGGUCCCUCCCCCCUAAACCUCCCCUAAAUAAGAUAAAGAAGGAAAAAGGAGUAGAAAACCGGCGAGUGAGAGAAGGCGCAAGGUUGCACCACCGCAGUCUUGGUCACACUGAACCUCACUCUCACUCAGACACUCACUCACUCACCUCAGUCAUGUCCACGCACAAGGCAGAGGACUUGAGCUGCAGACUCCAGCAAAACGGGAUGACCAACGGAUUUGGGCCCAAGACCCCCUUCCUCAUUGGGGUGGCAGGAGGAACGGCUUCAGGAAAGUCAACAGUAUGCAAGAAGAUCAUGGAAAAGUUGGGCCAAGAUGACAUUGAACAUUCCCAGCGCCGCGUUGUUUGUAUAUCUCAGGAUGCUUUCUAUCGACCCCUAAACCCUGAAGAAUCUACAAAGGCCCUCAAGGGUCUUUUUAAUUUUGACCAUCCAGAUGCCUUUGACACUGAGCUUAUUUUGAAGACUCUCCGACAAAUUCUGGAUGGCAAAAUCUGUAAAAUUCCAAAUUAUGAUUAUGUUUCAAACUCGAGGUUAGAUACUACCACGACAAUCUACCCAGCUGAUGUGGUGCUGUUCGAGGGCAUAUUGAUGUUCUAUCAGCCAGAGAUGCGCGAACUCUUCCACAUGAAGCUCUUUGUUGAUUCUGAUGCUGACACUAGACUGGCUAGAAGAGUCAUGCGCGACACACGUGAACGUGGAAGGAAUCUGGAACAUGUUUUGAACCAGUAUACAAACUUGGUCAAACCUGCUUUUGAGGAGUUCUGCUUACCGACAAAGAAGUUUGCCGAUGUCAUCAUUCCCCGAGGAGCAGAGAAUACAG